AGAGAGAGAGAGGGGAAGAGGUUUACAGUUAACCGGUAUUUGCGGCCAGCGUCGUUCACAUCAGAGACUCAGAGGGGAGUGGGCCAGCAAGAGGCUUGCGUGGAUAAGCGUUUCCUCUCCGUGCCAUCGCCGCAUCACUGCUUCUGCCACACGCGCGGUCCCUUGUUGUUUUUUUUUGUUGUUGUUUUUUUUUUCCACCAAGGUGGACCGUGAACUUGGUCGCAACAUCAGCCGCUGCGGAUCGGCGUGGAUUGGGUCGCAUCUGUCCGGCAGCUUUUUCUGGGAGAAGCUUAAACCUGUUCAAUCUAUCAUCAAGGAAAUGGUCUUCUGAGAUGAAACAGGAAAAAGAGUAAGAACAUGCUCUGUGGAGACAUGAGCGACGAAAGGAGGAUGUGAAGAUGCACCAGACCACUGUUAAAACAUGGUGCCUUAGGCUUCUCCCAGUCCUCCUCUUCUUCAUCUCCUUUGUCACGUACUACUGCUCCUACACCACACUUUGGAGCUAUGGCGGGCCCAGUAAGCCUAUGAACAGUAGCAAGUCUCUGUGUGGAGGCUGGCUAACUCAGAAGAAGUGGGAGAGCCUUAACUUUAACAUCAGCAGACAAAUGCAGCUUUUUCUGAAACUGGAGGAUUUCUUCUGGCGGGAGCAUCUCUCCAACCUGCCAUUACCUUAUGGCAUUAAAGGCAGUGAGCUUUUCUUACUCAAGAUUCUUGCUGUUUCUUCCAACUACGAUGUGCCAGCCACCAUUGAAAAGCUUGAGUGCAGAACCUGUGCAGUCAUAGGCAAUGGAUUUGUCAUUAAAAACAGCUCCUUAGGAAGCGUCAUCAAUAAAUACGACGUUGUCAUCAGGUUGAAUGACGCUCCGGUAAGAGGCUUUGAAGAAGAUGUUGGGAACAAGACCACCAUGAGGUUCUUCUACCCUGAGUCCGCCUCCUAUAACCCCGCGCUGCAGAACGAGCCGGACACACUCAUGGUCCUGGUGCCUUUCAAGCAGCAAGACCUCCGCUGGCUUAAAGAGAUCGUCUAUAAUGAGAAGAGGGUCAGGAAAGGCUUCUGGAAACCUCCGCCACAAAUCUGGUUGGGGGAUGUAAGUAAAAUCCGAGUGCUGGAUCCCCAUUUUCUGCACCAGACGGCAGAUAAACUUCUCAGGCUUUUUCCCCAAAAGG